AGGGUUUUUUCUCAUAAAUUUAUGACUUAAAAUCUCAUAAAUUUACGAGUUUUUCUCAUAAAGUAACGAUUUAUAAUCUCGUAAUUUUACUUUUACUUUUUUUUGGUGGCCCUAAAACUCUGUCGUAGUAUGUCACCUUUGUUCUGAAUCAAUAAAAAAAAACAAUAAAAUAAAAUAAUUUAACCGACAGAAAAAAAAAGAAAUGAUGGACAAGCUGGUGGACAAACAGAUGUGUGUGCGUUCACACAGGCACAUAUGCAAAUGAAUACAUAUAUCUUUUCUAGUCAAAUUUCACUAGUAACAACCACUUAGUUGACAUUUUAACAUUAGCUUAGUUUUUUUAUAGUACUCAUUUUAGAUCUUUAUCCAAACAAUUCCAAAGUUUUGUCCCAAAAACAGAAGGACAUUUUCUUUUUGCAUUAAUUCAUGACAUAAAAUAAUUAUAUUCGUCCUCUCUUCUUUUAAAAAAUGACUGCAAUCUUUUGGGCAAACUACUAAAUGUAUACAAAAUGUUAACAUCUGCACACUAUAUUUUUAAAUUGUGCACUUGUAAAUUCACAAAAUAUGGCUUUAUUUAAGGCUGUAAUUGCUCCUUUUUUUGUUUAUUUAUCAGAUCAAUAUUUGUUUUGUAUAUGUUUCCCUCAAUUUCAUUACGGGAAUGAAUAAAUGGUAGAAUUAAUGUUGCACUUGGAAUAUGCAAGCAUUUUUACUGUGUUCUUUUGAUAUUUUUGGCAAUAUAUCUAUAGCUUUAGAUAUUUAUCUUUUUUAUAUAUUCAUCAUGUGGUUUCCAAAUAAGUUGGUGGUCAAUGACAUAUACCACUAAUGUCAUUAUUGACUCAAUAAUUAUUCAGGAAUUUAGUUUUAACUUUCCCUUUCUAUCUUAUCAAAAUAAGGUUUUGUCAUUACAUGUUGUCGUAACCUUUAAUGACCACCAGAUGGUGCUACAGUUUCAGUUAGUGUUGCCGGCAAUGGUGUGUAUAGAAAUUAAAGGACCUGUUAUUGUAGCUUAAUGAAAAAGACAAAUGAAGCAAAAGCAUAAAAGUUUUCUUUGAAAACUUCAUCCUCCUUUUAAAUCUUAAUUUUUUACGGAUUACUGACCUUUGGUAUUCAAUUGAAAGUAGAAAUUAUUACAAACAUGUAACAGAAAAUGACUUAAUUGAGUAACAUUUUGAUUUCCUUUUUUAAAGUACGAGCAUUAGUGUUUUAAUAAGAAGGGGAAAAAAACUCUUUGUGCAAGUUGUGUAUCUAAAUGGCUUCAUGGGUUGCUGAGCUCGGCAACAUGCAAAGAGGUCCUGGUGGGAGUACUCUGAAAUUCACAUCCGGAUGUUUGGACUCACUUUGUUUUCCUUCACUCCGGUGAUUUCCUCUGAGCAGACGAAGCUGCCCUGAGUGACUGACUGACUAUCUGACUGACUGACCCCCGCGGAGUCUGCCCAGACGCAGAAUCAGUGUGAAGAAGGAGCACGAUGAUCCCAGUGGCAGAACUCAAGAGCUUCUCCGAGCAGAACACACAGUUUCGGGUGCUCAAGCCGUGGUGGGAUGUCUUCUCCGAGUACCUGUGCGUCACCAUGCUUAUGAUUGGAGUCUUCGGAUGCACCCUGCAUCUCACUCAGGAGAACAUCUCCUGUCUGCCUAGCCACUUCACCAGCCCGACCCCCGAGGUCAUCGACUGCAGCCACGUCCGCAACUACAGGGACAAUGAGACGUCACAGAGCACACCAGUCAGACCAGCCAACCCCAUCAUUACAGAGGUGUUUGGACGCAAGAACAACCUGGACAUUCACCAGUACAUCUUUGUCAACUUUUAUUGCUACGAACGCUCUGUCCACUGGUUUGCAAAGUACUUCCCUUACCUUGUUGUGAUCCACACCCUGAUCUUCAUGGUGGCGAGCAGCUUUUGGUUCAAGUUCCCUGGUACAUCUUCUAAAAUUGACCUAUUUGUCAACAUUCUGGGGAAGUGCUUUGACUCGCCAUGGACCACAAGGGCAAUCAGUGAAGUUUCUGAGGAACGAGGAGAAGAGAAUUUGGUUAUUUUGAGAAAUAACACCAUGUCAAAAGAUUUUGGAGAGCGACGAGUGAAUGAAGAGGAGAAUGUAGGGCUUCUUCGUUCUGCUUCCGUCAAGUCUAACCCUGACAAGAAGGUCUCGGAUUCUCAGUCUCCUGCUUCUGUCUUGGACAAGAAAGAAGGAGAGCAGGCCAAAGCUCUUUUUGAAAAGGUGAAGAAGUUUCGCACUCAUGUGGAGGAGGCAGACAUUUUGUAUCACAUGUAUGUUCUGCAGACAUCACUAAAAGUUCUGAAGUUCCUUGUCAUCAUCAUUUACACUGCAGUGCUAGUACCAAACAUUGAAAUUGUCGUGCGAUGCCACGUUCCUCCUGAGCUGACUGGAUUUGAUAUCUAUUGCUGCAACCACAACAAAGCCCACCUCUUCUCCAAACUUGCCUACGCCUAUAUCUGCUUUGUGGGAGUGUAUGGCCUUAUGUGCAUCUACACCCUUUACUGGCUGUUUCAUCGACCACUGAGGGAGUAUUCCUUCGAUCAUGUCAGAUUUGAGACUGGCAUUAAUGACAUACCAGAUGUAAAAAAUGAUUUUGCGUUUCUCUUCCACCUUGUGGACCAGUAUGAUGCUCUUUAUCCCAAAAGGUUUGCUGUUUUUCUCUCGGAAGUCAGCGAGAGCCGCCUCCACCAGCUCAACCUAAACCAUCAGUGGACGACCAAAAAACUGCGUACCCGCCUCGCCAAAAACUCCAGCAACAACACAGAGCUUCACCUGUCAAGGCUUCCUGGGCUUCCCGACACCGUCUUUGAACUUCCUGAAGUCCAGUCCCUGAAACUAGAGCAAAUUAGUAACAUCACUAUCCCAGUAAGUGUGACAAAGCUGGAGCUCUUGCAGGAACUAUCGCUGAUCUACUGCACUGCAAAGCUCCAACAGUCUGCCUUGAACCACUUCAGAGGCCAUUUGAAGAUUCUACAUCUGACUUUUGAGAGCUCAGAGGAGAUCCCUUUGUGGAUCUACACCCUUCAGAGUCUGGAAGAGUUGUAUCUAUCUGGCCCUUUAACCAACGAAGUUUCCAAGAGUCCAUCUCUGGAAUCACUGCGAGAACUCCGAGCUCUGAGAGUCCUCUAUCUGCGCUCCAAUCUCCGAAAGAUUCCCCCCAGUGUUGGGGAUGUUGCUUCAAAGUUACAGAAGCUGUGCAUCCACAACGAGGGCUUCAAGAUCCAGGCCUUUAGUGGCUUGAAGAAGCUCAGCACCCUGGUGUCUUUGGAGUUAGUGGCCUGUGAUCUUGAACGCAUCCCAAGUGCUGUCUUUAGCCUCAGCAACCUUGAAGAGCUGGACCUGAAGGAAAACAAACUGAACACUGUGGAAGAGAUUCUGAGCCUACAGCACUGCCGGCGCCUAGUGACGCUCCGACUGUGGCACAACAAAAUUACCUACAUUCCAGAUCACAUCAGUAAGUUGCGCGCCUUAGAGACUCUCGACCUCAGCUGGAACAAGCUACAAAAUCUGCCCUCUCAGCUCUUUUACUGCACUAAGCUGAGGCAUCUCGAUGUCUCCCACAACGAGCUCACCUGUUUGCCCCCCAAGGUGAACAUCCUUCAGGGUCUUCAGUUCUUCUCUGCUGCCUUUAACUCCCUGGAAUCACUCCCGGAGGAGCUGUUCUCCUGCAAAAAAUUAAAAACACUCAAUCUUGGCAACAACCGCUUAUCGUAUCUCAGCCACAGAGUGGCCAACCUUCCCCAGCUGGUCCGACUAGAUGUCAAAGGGAACCGCCUGGAGUCUUUACCUGUGGAGAUUGGGGACUGUCCACUGCUUAAAUCCAGUGGGUUGAUGGCUGAGGACAGUUUGUUGGAUCAGCUGCCCUCAGACCUACGAGACAAGCUGACUGAAGGAUGAGAGUGUGGAGACGAGGACGUUACUGACUCUUCUCAGAAGAAGAUGUAUGUCCAGAAACUGCACGAGUGUUUCCUCAGGGAAGCCCAGGAUUACCUGAAAUACAGACAGAAAAAGAGUAACUAUAAGAGAACCUGGAAGAAACUUUGUGUUAUCCAAGGAUUUGAGAGAGUUCAAGAAAAAAACUUCAGGUGUUUUUGCAGAUAUUAUAUUUUUUCAUUUAGUGUCACUGGUGCAGAUGAACGAAAUGGGUAAUGUUUUCUUUUACAGCACAUUUCUUGCAGGGUAUUUAAGUGGUUAUUUCAUGGUACCUUUGUAGUAACCACUUACGUGGUACUUGAUGUGCAAUAAGGUAGUGCUAUAUGGUUCAUACUUACCUGGUGCUUACUGGGUAUUUAAGAUGUACUCAUUGGGUCUUUACAUGGUACCUACUGGGUACUUACACUUUGAGUUAAUAGUCCCUUGUUGUACUUAUCACAUGUGAGGACAGGGUAAGUACAAACAAAGUAUCUUGAAUAUGUUUUAAACUUACUAUGUUUUAAGGAUUUUCCAUGUGUAAUAAGAUAGUAAGUAAACCAAAACUAUCUUAGAAAUAUCCUGAAAAGAGUGACCAGAAUUCAUUUACUUACUUAGUAGGUUUAUGUGUGUUUAAUGGUACUUAUCAUAUGUAAAAAGGUAGAUAUUUUAUUUGGUACUUUAUAGUGUUUUUCAUGGUUAUUACCAUUAAUAAGAAGAGGGUAAGUACACAGAAAGUACCGCUUAAUGUAUGUUAAAUUUACGAGUUGUUAUAGUGUGUUUUGUGGUACUCACAAUUUGUAAGGAGAGAGUAGCGACACACUAAUUACCACUUCACUACCCUGUAAGUUCUGUACUGUAAACGAAAGUGUUACUUAAUGUUCUACAUAUGAAGGAUUAGCAACUCUGGCUUGGAUUAGUGUGGGGACAAAACAUGGAGUCAACACUACACAAACAGAGCAGCAAGCUAACGUUGGCCACAAUCAUCCAGGGCUUUGCGUUGUUUUUUGGGGGGAGAUUUGUGUGCUGUCAUGUUGAACAGGCUAAUUCAGCCUGAGGAGGAGCAUCCAGCUCUGCAUUGGCUCAUGUUGCUCCCUUUCAGGUUCAGAACAAACAGAAAAGGUCUGUUGGUUGUCUGAUAAAAGCUCUCUGUUCAGACUCACGGAGAAAGGACUAAAGUUUUACUUUUGUAGACAUAGAAAAAAACCCAAUUAAUUUUUUUUUUUUUUACUUUUAAGUAAAAUGUAAACUUUUUGCGAAAUACCAUUGACAAAUCAUUAUAUUGUUUCGAUAACACUAGAAAAACUGGUUAAAUGAACUUUUUUAUCAGUUUGUAGACUUGUUUCUCAAAAAAUUUGACAAACUAACUGAAAGUCAAAUGGCUUCAAGAUAACUCCUGUAAUUACUUAUUGUAGUGCAAUAAACUUUUGAUAUUGUAGAAGUCUC